ACCAUAUCCAGCAGUUAAUAUGGAUUCCACUUCAGUGCUGAGCGACGACGACUAUGAUCUUAUCUCCAAUCCAAGCCAAAGGUCGCUGGAAUCGAGUCUAGCAGAUCUGGCGCAACGGCCUGCACCGAUAGCUGAGCUGCCACCUUCGGAAGCGGCACGAUGUAAAUUUGAAACUACUCGAUGGUCUGCCAGCGAGGUGCAAGCGUAUUUUCGCAAAACUCUCGAUCUGGGAAGCACUGUCAAGAGAGACGACCUUGAGAACAAGACUGUACGUGUCUAUGUCGACGGGGCAUUCGACACCUUCAAUGUAGGUCACGUCCUUCAACUCCGUCAAGCCAAACUUGCAUUCCCCUACGUCCAUCUCAUUGUGGGGGUCUUUUCAGACGAACUUCUGAACCAGCACGGAUAUCCUUCCUUGUGGCCUGAGGUAGAAAGGUCAGAAAUGAUCCGGCACUGUCGUUGGGUCGACGAGGUCACCACAGACGCACCUUGGGAAUUGAAGGAAGAGUUUAUUCACCAAAGACGCAUUGACUACGUCGCGAUUGAUGAAGGCACAUCCAUUGACCCAGGCUGUGAUAAAGCAAGGGUAAAAGGCUAUGACGAAAUGAAGAAAAUCAACAAAGUUAUCUCUACAAGAAGGACUAGAGGACUAGUUAUACCUCCAAGAUUCUCCCUCACAGGUCCCUCGACUCCAGUAGCUACAACAAUCCCAACACCCGCUCCGGACUUUACAGCUCACGUAGACCAGUAUGGAAUAGGAUAUUAAAUAAUUCGGAAGCGGGUAGAACCAGCGGGCUGACUUUCUCGUCGGUCUAGUUUUUUUCCUUCUCAUACCCGUAUCUUUAGUGCUGAAUUUAUCUCCCUGUCUAAGAUUUGCGAUCAUUUGAUCGGUAUAAAAUCCCUGAACCGAUGACUC